UCACUAGAGAUGUUGGGGUCACAAUCGGGGACGGGGAAAACUUGAGGGUCGCUACAGGGACUUGGGCAUCACCAGGGAUAGCGGGGAUGUCACCAGGCAUGCGGGUGUCACAGCCUGGAAAAUUGGAGGAUGAGGAAAAGCAGUCCCCACCCCCAAAUCCCACCUCAGUCUCUGCAGGCUUGGACCUCUUCCCUCCUUCCCAGCUAUUUAGCAAAUCAGCGUCCAGCUUUUGAAUGCUUGCCCCUUUCCAUAGUUAAUUCCGAACUGCGGUAUCUUUCAUUUAUUUAAUUGCCACCAGUAUCAAGAGGUUUUGUCCUUCAAGUGUGAGGUUUUGGCCGCGCCGAAGCACCGUGGACCCUGCGGGUGGAGACAAUGGUUCCAGCUAGUCCGCGCUCUCUCACGCUCCAGGCAGCCUGCCUAUUGUGCGCCCGUGAUUGACAAGACCACGAGGCUGAGCGCUCUCGGGAUUUUUUUUCCCUUCUCUAUAAAUGGCUUAAACCCUCGGUCUAGACGACUCAUUCGGACAUUCGGGAGACAAUUGCUUUCUUGUUCUUUGCGGGUGAACCCUGGCUCCUGGGCUGACCUGGAAUUUAAGGAGCCCCUCCCUAAACUACUAGAAGAUAAGCCAGACCUGGGGCGGGUUGGGAGGCUGGGACAUCACUCCAGCUGGAGCUGACACCGGGUGCUGGACCGUCCGGGCGCGGCUUUUCUGUUUUCUGUGAUGGACUGCAGUAAUGGAUGCGCGGCGCCCUUUGCUGGAGAACGAGGAUCAGAAGUGGCUGAGACUUUUAGGGCCAAAGACCUUGUCAUUACACCAGCCACCGUCUUAAAGGAAAAGCCAGACCCCGACUCUCUGGUGUUUGGAGCUACGUUUACCGACCACAUGCUGACGGUGGAGUGGUCCUUGGCAUCUGGAUGGGAGAAACCUCACAUUAAGCCUUUUGAAAACUUGUCUAUACAUCCUGCUGCCUCAGUUUUACACUAUGGCGUGGAACUGUUUGAAGGCUUGAAGGCUUUUCGAGGAGUCGAUAACAAGAUCCGAUUGUUUCGGCCUGAACUCAACAUGAAGAGAAUGUGCCGAUCUGCUCUGCGGGCUACUUUGCCGGUGUUUGACCAGGAGGAGCUUCUAGAAUGCAUUCGGCAGCUGAUACAGAUAGACCAAGAGUGGGUCCCCUAUUCCACCUCUGCCAGUCUCUACAUCCGCCCCACAUUUAUCGGGACUGAGCAAUCUCUUGGAGUCAAGAAGCCAUCCAGAGCCCUGCUCUUUGUGAUCCUGAGCCCUGUGGGACCUUAUUUUUCUAGCGGAACCUUUAAUCCAGUGUCACUGUGGGCCAAUCCAAAGUAUGUCAGAGCCUGGCAAGGUGGAACUGGGGACUGCAAGAUCGGCGGCAAUUACGGUGCGUCCCUUUUGGCACAGUGCGAGGCAGCAGAGAAUGGCUGUCAGCAGGUCCUCUGGCUGUAUGGCAAGGAUGACCAGAUAACUGAAGUGGGCACGAUGAAUCUGUUCCUCUACUGGAUAAAUGAAGAUGGAGAAGAAGAGCUGGCGACACCUCCGCUAGAUGGCAUCAUUCUCCCAGGUGUGACGAGGCAGAGCAUCAUAGAGCUGGCACAACAGUGGGGUGAGUUUAAGGUGUGUGAGAGAUACCUCACCAUGGAUGACCUGACCGCUGCCCUGGAGGGGAACAGAGUGAAGGAGAUGUUUGGCUCAGGGACGGCCUGCAUUGUCUGCCCAGUUUCAGACAUUCUCUACAAGGGCCAGAUGCUGCACAUUCCAACAAUGGAGAACGGCCCCAAGCUUGCAAGCCGCAUCUUGGGAAAGCUGACUGAUAUCCAGUACGGAAGGGUGGAGAGCGACUGGACGACAGUGCUACCCUGAUGGAAACCCCAUCGGUCGGUGAUGUGCCACAGAAGACGGACCUCCCUCCGCCCUCAACCGUGACCGCCUCUUAGUAGUUUUGCAUAUUGUAGUUGCGGAGUUCAUGUUUUACCAAGUGGAGGUUUUUCCUUGAGCCACAGAAAAUUGCCAAUGCCAAAUGUCACCUGUAAACGUGGUAGUAGUAAUUGCUUCCUGUAGCAUUCUCUGGAAAGAUGAUGAUAAAUGCCUACCCUUGUUCUGCACAAGA